GGAGGUCGGGGCGGGAUGUCGUUCUUCCUACCCAAUGAGCUUCAAGAGGCUUCUCCCCCGCCCUUCGGGAGUUUCCGCUCGCGCUGCCGAUACCCUUCCACCCGGACUUCCGGGAGGCCGAAUUGGUUCCGGCGCCCGCUCGUGGCGAUUGGACGGCUGCGGCCGGAGCACUUCCGGGUUGGCAUUGCGGGGCACUGUGGCGGCAGGAGGAAGAUGGAGGCCGACCCCGUGUCUGCCGCUCGCGGGUCCCGCCGCGCCUCCGCCUCCAUGCGGGCUCCGGGUCUGCACCUCCUGCUCCGGCUGACGCUGCUGGGCCUCGGCACCGCCAGCGCCAGCGCCGGAGCCCGCCGCACCCUCGUGCUGCUGGAGAACGUCAACCUGCGCGAGACCCACUCGCUCUUCUUCCGGAGCCUGGCGGACCGUGGCUUUGACCUCACCUAUAGGACUGCUGAUGACCCCAGCCUGUCCCUUAUUAAGUAUGGGGAGUUCCUGUAUGACAAUCUCAUCAUCUUCUCGCCUUCUGUGGAAGAUUUUGGAGGCAAUAUUAAUGUAGAGACCAUCAGCUCUUUUAUUGAUGGAGGUGGCAGUGUCCUGGUAGCUGCCAGCUCAGACAUUGGUGACCCACUGAGGGAGCUGGGCAGUGAAUGUGGGAUUGAAUUUGAUGAGGAGAAAACAGCUGUCAUUGACCAUCACAACUAUGACAUCUCUGACCCUGGAGAGCACACACUCAUCGUGGCAGACACUGAAAAUCUCCUCAAGGCCCCAACCAUUGUAGGAAGAACAUCCCUUAAUCCCAUCCUGUUUCGGGGUGUUGGGAUGGUAGCUGAUCCCGAUAACCCUCUGGUAUUGGAUAUUCUGACAGGCUCCUCCACUUCAUAUUCCUUUUUCCCAGAUAAACCCAUCACACAGUAUCCCCAUGCAGUAGGAAAGAACACCCUCCUGAUUGCAGGACUCCAGGCCCGGAACAACGCCCGAGUCAUCUUCAGUGGCUCCUUGGACUUCUUCAGUGAUGCCUUCUUUAACUCGGCCGUGCAGAAAGCCAGCCCUGGCUCACAGAGGUACUCCCAAACAGGCAACUAUGAAUUGGCGGUCGCCUUGUCUCGGUGGGUGUUCAAGGAGGAGGGUGUGCUUCGAGUAGGGGCUGUGUCUCACCAUCGAGUCGGAGAGAAGGCCCCACCCAAUGCUUACACUGUCACAGACCUCGUGGAGUAUAGCAUCGUGAUCGAGAAGCUAUCAGAAGGCAAGUGGAUCCCCUUUGAUGGAGAUGAUAUUCAGCUAGAGUUUGUCCGGAUCGAUCCUUUUGUGAGGACUUUCUUGAAGAGGAAGGGUGGCAAGUACAGUGUCCAGUUCAAGUUGCCGGAUGUCUAUGGGGUCUUCCAGUUCAAAGUGGAUUACAAUCGGUUGGGCUACACUCACUUGUACUCCUCUACUCAGGUGUCUGUGCGGCCCCUCCAGCACACACAGUAUGAGCGAUUCAUCCCCUCAGCCUUCCCUUACUAUGCAAGUGCUUUCUCUAUGAUGGCUGGGCUCUUCCUCUUCAGUGCUGUCUUUUUGCAUAUGAAAGAGAAAGAAAAAUCUGAUUGAAGGGGCAGAGCCCUUGGACACUCCUGGGCUGUUGGUUUGACAGGUGUGGGUGGCCUGGACCAGCCUGACCUCUGUGAGAGACAAUUGGGUUAGCAGGGGUGGGGUAUCAUUUCCAGCAUCUCUGCCCUGGGGUCUUUAGUGGCUGCAGCCACCCAUUCCCACUUGUGAAAUAAAAAUGGGUGUUCCUGUGACUGGUUCCUGAUCCGCGUAAAUCACAAGCCACAUAGUCACAUUCUACCUGUACUCGGGACAUUUUUUUGGUCCAGUUGACUUUCUGUAUUAGAUCACUAAAAACCUUAUUAGGGCAAUGACACCUUAAGCCAUUGCUAGUAUGUUUUUAUUAACUAUUUUGCAUUUAAAUACCAAACAGUAUCUGUGAUAAAAGAUAAAUAUCUUAAUAAUAGCUAAUUGAGAUACACAUAUGUAUAUGCUUAUGUAUAUACAUAUACCUGCCUGUCUAAAAAUUGGCUCUCACCUUUGGCUAUUACAACUAUUCUUGCCCCCAUUUUAUCGAUGAGGCUCAGGGGUCUGUGUAGCUUGUAAUUGUCAGAACUAGGCCUUGGACCCAGGUCUCCUCAUAGCCAGUAGUUCAGGGUAGCUGGGCCUGAGCUUUUUUUUUUUUUUGACAUAUGAGAUGUUUGUGAAAAGGUGUUAUUUUUGUCCCCAAACAUAAAACGACACAAAGUCCCUAUUAUUCAUUUCAAGGCAUAUUCUACCUUUGUAAACAUGCAUUUAAUUCUUGAAAGUAGCUCUUAGAAGAGACCUCAGUCAGAAGGAAGCUCCACAGCACACCUUUUUCUGUUUCUUGAGAUGUUGGAUGUGCUAAAUAGAAGGCUUCCAGAAAGCUGCUACAAGAGCCAGGUUUUUUGAUUUUUCCUCUCAGAAAUGCACCAAGACCACACUGCAUGCUUAACAAUUAGGUAAUUGUUAAGCCCCCCCGCCCCCCACCUCUUUCAGCAUGAGAUCCUCUAAUCCUAGAACCACAGAGCUCUAACUUGGACCUUCUCCAUCGCAUUGACUCAGCCAGCCUUUUCCCCCCAGCGCAAAAAGAUUGUUUAUGCCUUAAGUUUCUUGUGAAAUAAAGGAAUUUCAUUUUU